GAAAACGGUUCGCGUACGCGCGUACGUACCGCCUGAUAAGACACCGCUCCGUCGGUUCGGCGGGAAAUUGGCAUUUAAAUAUGGAGUUGGUGUUAACGUUGGUGGUCGCGUUAGUGGCAGCAGUGUGCGGGAACGAACCUCAAGGUGCCGAAGUAGACAAAGCACUGCCGGACACUAAAACUAUCGCAGCAUUUGUGAUCUUUCGUCAUGGUGACCGCACCCCCGACCAUGAGGAGUUAGCGUUGUAUCCAGCAGAUAACGUACUAAGCGACAGCAUUUUCUUCCCGUACGGGAAGAAAGCACUGACAAAUAAAGGCAAACAACGCAGUUUCUUCGUGGGCAAGUAUUUGAGACAGAGGUACGAUAGUCUCAUCUCCAAGUUGUAUCUUCCUGAUGAGAUCACCAUACGUACGACUGACUAUGCCAGGACCAAGAUGACGGCUUUGACUGCCUUAGCAGCCUUAUACCCGCCACCACCAGCCCAGAGAUGGAACCCUGACCUGGACUGGCAACCCAUUCCAUACAAUACACCGCCUUAUGAAGAUGACGAUCUUCUAUACUGGUAUAACUGCCCCCGAUACUUGUGGUUGAGAGACAAGACCGCUGAACUGCCAGAGAUUCAGAAAUGGAUCGAACCCUAUCAACCUCUCUUCUCUUAUUUAAGUAGUCACACAAAGACAAAUAUUACGAAACCAGAAGACGUAUUCUUCUUAGAUAAUUUAUUUCAAACAUUGAAAAACGUCGGCGUGAAUCCCCCCGAAUGGGCCCAACAAGUAAUGCCUAAAAUAAAAGACGUAACUAAAAUUGAAUAUGCCCUAGAAUUUUAUAACGCAGAUCUAGUCAGAUUGGCAUCAGGUGUAUUAAUGCAAUCGAUAGUAAAUAUAUCAAAUUCUCUAAUAAAUGAACCCGAUUUUGAGGCGAAGAAGCUGUAUUUGUACUCGGGACAUGAGAACAAUGUCGCUGGCUUGAUGGCGGCGGCCAGAGUGUUUGAGGCACAUCAGCCUAACUAUGGGUCGACGUUUUCUUUAGAACUUAGGAAUAAUACCAAGACUGGACAGUUUGGGAUGACGGCGGUGUACGCGCGCAAUGCCGGUGGGCCCAGUGAGAUCCUACCAAUUGACGGCUGCGACGGCGCACUAUUCUGCGGUUUCGACAAGUUCUUGACCAUCGUCCAAGACGUUAUAUGGUCAAAACAAGAGAUGGAUGAACAAUGUAAAAACGUAACAGAUUUAUAGUACAAUUUUAUACAUAGUUGAUACGAAUAAAGUGGCUGUGAUUUCUA